CACUGGGCCGCAACGGUUAGUAAGAAAGCAUUCAAGGUGGUCUGGCAUGUGCCAACAGAUGAUGAACUCGAGCUGGCGCAUACUAUUCUUGAUGAGUUUUUCUAUCCGGAGCUAGAAAGAUUGGCAGAUCCGAGCUCGCUGGAGAAGGCCAGGAUGUUAAAAAGUCUGGAGAUAGUGAGCAGCUGUUUGGCGGGUGUUUCAGCUGCACUGCCUGCUCUUAGUGGCAAGUUGAUCCCGCUGACGGAUUCACCCGCUAAAGUUUAUCCAUUCCAUUUUGUUGCUGCUCCUGCUCGGGUGAAAGCGAUAACUCAUAAAGGCAAGAACCUACGCGAUUUUGUUUUGGAACGGUUGAAAAGUGUGGCAGAAUUUUUACUUCAGCAUCGCGAGAAUGAUACGAAAUCACUGUGUGCAGUAUGCAAAAUUUUGCAUAUUUUAUUAUUCCAGCGCGGCAUCGAUCGAGUUCGUUUCCGUUCCUGUCAUUAUUAUUACUAA